AUCGACUCUCAUCGACUCUCAUCGACUCUCAUCGACUCUCAUCGACUCUCAUCAGCUCUCAUCAAUCCUUGGCGUCCGCAUGCCAGCCUCCGGCCAGCCGCCCUCCCGCCUGCCCGACGGCCCCGGCUAUGACCUUUAUGUCGCCGCCGGUUCCCAAUCCGACCUCGAGGCCGCCGAGGCCCUGAAAGCCCUGCUGACCGCAACAGCUGUGCGCCGCCACCAGCGCCCCGCAACCAUUUUCAGCGUCCCUUCCUUGGCCGACGGCGCCGGUUCUUGGGCCGAGGCACUUCCACGAUGCCGUGCCUUUGUCAUCAUGAUCAGCCAAGAGUCGGUGGAUAUUAUGAAGCAGAAGGCCGAGCGUGGCGAAAGCGACGACUUUUUCAACCAGAUCAAAGCGGUGCUCGACCUGAAAAACACACUCUGGCAACUUCCAGUUCUUCCCUUGGCUGUGGCCUCAAAGGGAACCAAGGACGGACAAGACGCCAUCAUCAGCUUCAAGCCCCACCUGCUCUUCAUCCCGAAUCAUCCCCGAUGUGAGCCCCUGAAGCAGGUUCUCCACAGACUGCGCCAGAUUCAGGUCUGUGACUACCGCGCCGACCUGGCCUAUCGCAUUGUCUAUCGGAUUCUCGGCCACUGCUUCAAGCCGCCAUCCCCUGGGCCCAACGCACUUGAUGUUAUCGAUGCCCAGCCCCUCUCCAUGCUUGUCCAAUCGACAUACAGAGUCAAUACGCUCCAUCUCGAGCAUCUCCUUCGGCACCUCACACUGACCGGCCGCGCCGUUAUCUCGGGCGUUGCUGGGAUCGGCAAGUCUGCCCUUGCCCGCCAGUUCCUCGGACUCACGAUGGGUGGCCAAGUCAAUCAAAAAAGCGUACAGCUCACAUCACUGCAGCGGGAAAUCAAAGGAGACUCGACGCUCUAUAGCUUGUUUGUGUGGCUCGAUUGCUCAACCGAGUGGACCCUCCUCGACAGCCUCAUUUGCUUCUUCCCCAAGAUCAACCCGAACAUAGUAGUCCGGUACGCCUGCUCCUACUUUUCUCAGAAUACGGGCUACAUCCUGGUUCUCGACAAUGUCAGCAACAUGACAGUAGUUGACUCGGCAUUUUCGGGAUGCGCCGAGUCUGGCUUCCACGGCGAUAUUGUUGUGACAACUCGACUGUCGACCUUGCCUGAGGGCCCCUUUCUUACUGCCUUGGGGGCCAAGCUGGAUAACUUCAAGCAAUGCCCACUUUGCAUCGAACCCUGGGAAACCCCCAUUACGUCUGCAUAUCUAAAUGGGCAAGGCAUCAAGACACUCAUGAUAGCCAACCCUGAACAACAGCAAUCGAUCGAAGCAAUCGCCGCCUUGCUUAGAGGCUAUCCGCCCGCGAUUGAAAUCUGCUCGCGGCUCUACGAAAACAACAAUAUCACCCUUUCCGAAAUUGAGCAACGCCUCAAACAAAUCCAGACGCCAACUGGCCCCAAUCAGAACGACGACUUCCAGUCACUGCUCCAGGUGAUUGUGGAUCUGUCCAUCUCAGUCCUACUCAAGCGCAGCGAGGGUGCUGACGCCGUUCGGCUCGUGUAUGCUGUGUCAUUGCUCGCGCCCCGCGAUAUUCCACUCGAUUUGAUCAAUCAAAUCGCAAAGGCGAUGGGUUUGUCCAAAGAUGGAUCGACUCUGAUUCGAGCAAUCUGUGAGUGCGGAAUGCUCAGUCGCAGCGGAACCGACCUCUACUCCGCACACCCACUCGUUCAGGCAGCCGCUCGAUGUAUCGCUCAGAAUCGCGAGGAUCUGCGCGUCUCCGAGUGCCAAGAUGCUGUCGGCAAUGUCCUCAUGGCGUUAGUUAUUGUUCCGGACUCGGCAGAUCCCCUAUCCAACAUAUAUCACGAUACUGUGCCUCCGUCACUGCCUCUCAUCGUCGAUCCUCCCAAGGCAAAGCGGUUUUCGUUGAGUGGACACCUUGACGAGUAUAUUUCCAACGUUAUCCCCGAGAACUACGGGCAGGUGUGGCAUCACCAGUUCGAACUUCGAGCUGCUCGGCUGUCAAAAGAUCGGCAGCUCUAUGACAAAGCCAAACACUACUACCAGUCCUCGAUCAGAAAGGGAACCAAGAUCCACGGAAACAAGGCUCACUCGGCUAUUUUGACGGGUUUGCUGUCACUGGGAGACAUUGAAAAAUUCAGGGGUCGCUUGACCGAGGCGGCAGCACUCUACCAAGAAGCCAUCGAUCUUGCGGCUCAGAUCUACGGUGCUCGUCCGAGCGAAUCCGUCUCGGUCCUGAAACACCAUUUGGCGGUGAUUGCUUCUGUCGAGCAACGCUGUGAAGAUUCCCUGCGUUACUAUCAAGAGUCAUUGGAGAUAGUCACGAAGGUGCUCAACACGCGAAUACACUCCAACGUGGCCCAUCUGCUGUGCCAUAUUGGGCAUAUUCUCGAGCGACUGGGUCGCUUUGACGAUGCCAAGUCGAACCUUGAAGAGGCACGUGAGACCUACAUCAAGCUCAACGGGGGGAAAAUGCCGGCUCAAGCUUCGGAGACGCUAACCCGGCUGAUGAGUGUAAGCUACCACCUUGACCGAUUUGAUGAUGUACAAAAAUACUUCCAGGAAGCCCUGGAUCUGUUCCUCCAAAUCUACUGGGUUGAAGAACACGACAAGAUUGCAUGGCUCUAUAAACUGAUGGGGUUGAUGCACAUGAACAAGAAAAGGUAUGCCGAUGCCCUGCAUUUCUUGAAGGAGGCCCUUCGAAUUCAACUCAAAAUCCACAAAGGUGGCGAUGAAUCCAAUAUCGUGUCGAUCAAAGGCUUUAUCGAUCAGGCCGAUCAGUGCAAGAAGAACGAGGAAGAGUCGGCCCUCUGGGCGAAAUACCGCACUUUCAGCGACCUCGCUCAGGCAGAGUUUACUGCGGGUCGAUACCCAUCGGCCUUGCUGAACUUCCAAGAAGUCCUCCGUUUGGCUCAGCAAAUGCGUAGACCCAGCGCCCGUGAAAUCAUCGGACAAGCCCAUUCCCGCAUCGGUUUAUCGAUCCUCCAACAGAAGCGAGCAGAAGAGUCGCUAGAGCACUUUCAAACGGCAAUGGAUAUUCUUACUGAGUAUUACGGAACCCGGGAACACACCGAGAUCGCUUCGAUUUACGGGUUCAUGGGCUCUGCUGCCGUUGCUCGCUGUCGGUAUGAAGAGGCGCUUCAGCACUAUGGGGAGGCUGUAAGUCUCUACACCCGCAUCGACAAAACCGCAAACCGUGUCGAGAUCGCCGCCAAGCUCUCGACAAUAGCCUCGAUAGAGAGUCACCUGAGACUCCCAGACGCACAAAGGCACUUUCAAGAGUCCAUCGACAUCAGCGAGUCAAUUCACGGAACGCGUGUGCAUCCGGAUGUGGGCGAGAAACUCGAGCAUAUGGGAGUCGCACUACGGGCAAAGGACCAGCUCGAUGAAGCCUACUGGUGCUUUGAAGAGUCGCUGGAUAUCUUUACCAAGUGCUAUGGAUCAAGAGAGCACUACAAAAUUUCAUUGUUGCUCAGAAGACUCUCCUCGAUCGACAGCCUCCGAGGCAAGUACGAGAAAUCGCUCCAGCUUUACCGGGAAGCCCUUGCUAUCAUAACGAAGUGUCAGACCCUGUCACCAGAGGAUAUUCCGAGUUGCCAUCUCCACCUUGGCUUCGCGCUGAGAUGUCUCGGCAAAAUCGAUGAAGCCCGCAUCCAUCUCCAGUCUGCGCUGGACAUGUUGAGAGCUCUGUAUGGCUCCCAGCCUAGCACAACAGUCGCCUGUGUGCUUGAUGAGUUUGCCUGGCUUCAUCACCUCGCCGGUGAGUAUGACAUAGCGUUGGACUAUCACCAACAGGCACUCGCAAUCGGCGAGUUGAAUGGAGAGCACUUCAAACAUGCCACUGCCGAUUUCAUGCGCGGGUGCGCCGAGGAUCUGCUGUAUCUCAAGCGCUAUGACGAAGCUGCUGCACACCUCCACCGGGCACGCGGAAUGCUCGACGGCUUCCCAGCGGACCUGGAGGCUCCUAUGAUUCUUCGAGCCUUCGGUGACCUCCACAGUGCUCUGGGCGAGGAGAACAAUGCCAUCAUCUUCUAUAUCGAGUCGAUAGAAGCGGUCACAGUGACCAUAAAAUCUCGCAUCCACCCUAUUGUCGCGAGAUGCUUGUGUGGUCUGGCCAGAAUCGACGCAUCAAAUCAGCGAUAUGACGUGGCCUGCGAGCGCCUCAGUGAAGCUAUCGACAUUUUUACGACCUCGACUCCCGACCAUCCCUACCUCCUCAUGGCCAAGGAACAGCUCGACGCUGUCGAACUGGAAUUUGCAAUUUCUCUGUCAAUGUCUACAGAGUCGAAAGUGAACUCAGAAGGCAUCGACAUGGGGAUGAUACGGGUGGUUGAAUCAACUCGAAAUGAAGCGGCGAAUGCAAGCGGCGGCCAAGGCAGCGAUCAAGGCAAAGUUGAUGAAUGCACAAAUGGUGGUCAACAAGCAUCUGCAUCCACGGCGGCAGAGAAUGAUCCCCUCGGCGACCCAGUUGCACACAAUGACGACCACGAGCGAGUCGACCAAGCUUCAUGAUCGCAGCGGGCGAAGCAUGCGCAUGUCGCGAACAUGGCCUCGCUGACAUGCCUUGACUCUGUCGUGGGAGGCCUCUCACCCAAGAACUAUGCCCAGCUGGGACGAGGAAGGCUUGACACACGAGUGUCGAGCAGCUCCUCAGUGAGAAGCCAUUAGCCCAUCGCCGCUGUUGUCGGCAGCCCUCCGCAUUGCCUUGAAUACAGGUGCUGUACUGAUGAG